AGUUUGUUUCUUCUCGUGAAUUACGAGAUAUCCAGAUUACUAUUUUCAGCUCACGGUUUGUGUGACGGUUUUAUUUCGAACUUUAAUGAUGUCUUGUGACAAAAAGUGAUAUUUUAUACGUUUUCGGUAAAAUCGGAGGUUUAGUUUAGUGCAGUUAUUUGGAACUUAAGUAUGUGGGAUAUAUAUUUUUUGUUUCGACAAAAUCUUUGUUCAUUGUGAAAAUGAAGAAGGUGGCAGAAAAUCAGCAGAUGAUGGCGGUGGAGAGCUGUUUGUGCAUCUCUCAUUUCGUGAACUUGGGAGUCAUCUGAGCUGUAGAAGAUCGAAAAUAAACGUCCAUUUCUACUGAAAAUAGAAGUGGGAUGGUCUGCCAUGUAUUGCUUGUAGGAAAUUUUAAUAUGCAAGUAUCGGGAGUGUGUUCGUUCAGUCGAAUUCGUGUAAUGUUCAAUAAUCCUGAAACCGGCAGGCGAUAAGCCUGAGGAUAGUGAGUUGAGCUGGGCGUGCAAAAUAGGAACUAUCACGUUCACGCGUAUGGAUUUUAAUAGACGGUUACACAGUUUUCGGAUAUAUGUUUGUAAAUCAACAUAGAGUGAAUUGUGUAAUUGUUUUGUGAACAGUAUAAGCUGGAGUAUCAGUGUUUGUAUGUGAUUUAAGAAACAGUGAUAUAUUUGUUUCAAGGCGUGCUUAACUUUAGAUAAUAUUUUAAUUUUAUCAUUACGUGCAAUAAGCAAUAAUGUUUGAAUUAAUGCGUAGUGUGCAAUCUAAGAGAAACUUUAAAUAACGAAGUUAAUGAAAGGUGCAAGAUUGUUACAGUAGAGUAUAAAUCAGACAACAUGUCUUCUGCUACCUUUGUGGAUAGGAUAGAUCCAUUUGCGAAACGUUCCCUGAAGAAGAAAACCAAAAAGUCGCAGGGAUCAUCAAGAUACAGGAAUUCUGCAGAUUUGGAAUUACAGCCUCUCCCACUCCUCAAAGGUGAGUGGGACAUUGGCGUAAUAGUGUUGACGUCCUUUGUAGCACAUGUCCCAUCAUCAGAACAGGAGGAGCUGUUUAUUCGCAAACUGCGACAGUGCUGUGUUGCGUUUGACUUCAUGGACCCAGUGGCCGACCUGAAGGGAAAGGAGAUAAAGCGGGCUACGUUGAAUGAACUGGUUGACUACAUUACAGCAGGCCGCGGUGUGCUUACUGAGCCUGUUUAUCCCGAGAUCAUCAGAAUGAUCUCAGCAAAUCUAUUCCGGACAUUGCCGCCCAGCGAGAACCCAGAUUUUGAUCCAGAAGAAGAUGAUCCUACAUUAGAAGCAUCAUGGCCACACUUGCAGCUGGUGUAUGAGUUUUUCCUACGGUUCUUGGAAUCCUCAGAUUUUCAACCUACCAUUGGCAAGAAAGUUAUAGACCAAAAAUUUGUGCUACAGUUGUUGGACUUGUUUGACAGUGAAGAUCCUAGGGAGCGUGAUUUCCUGAAGACAGUUCUGCAUCGCAUCUAUGGAAAAUUUCUGGGGCUACGUGCUUUCAUACGCAAACAAAUAAAUAAUAUCUUCCUUAGGUUUGUAUAUGAGACAGAGCAUUUUAAUGGUGUUGGAGAGUUGUUGGAAAUAUUAGGAAGCAUUAUCAAUGGCUUUGCUCUACCAUUGAAGUCAGAACACAAGCAGUUUCUCGUGAAAGUUCUGCUGCCAUUGCACAAAGUGAAAUGCUUGUCCUUGUACCAUGCACAGCUGGCAUAUUGUGUCGUUCAGUUUCUUGAGAAGGAUGCUACGCUAACUGAACCUGUUGUCAAAGGGCUACUCAAGUUCUGGCCUAAAACAUGCAGUCAAAAAGAGGUGAUGUUCCUUGGUGAAAUUGAAGAAAUUUUAGAAGUAAUUGAACCAUCACAGUUUGCCAAAGUCCAGGAACCAUUGUUCAGACAGAUUUCGAGAUGUGUCUCCAGUCCUCACUUUCAGGUGGCUGAGCGCGCAUUGUACUUCUGGAAUAAUGAAUACGUUAUGAGCUUGAUCGAGGAGAACAACCACGUGAUUAUGCCAAUAAUGUUCCCGGCUCUGUACCGCAUCAGUAAAGAGCACUGGAAUCAGACCAUUGUGGCGCUUGUGUACAAUGUGCUCAAAACAUUCAUGGAGAUGAACAGUAAGCUUUUUGAUGAGCUCACAGCUUCCUACAAGGCUGAGAGACAAAAAGAAAAGAAGCGUGAGAAAGAGAGGGAUGAACUGUGGAAGAGACUGUCAGAGCUUGAAGUUAAUAACAAAGUAAAAAAGAAAUAACCCAAAUAAAAUUGACCACGUGAUAUAUCUAAAUGAAAAAAAGUCAUAGAACUUUAUUUGCUGUUAUAUUUGUUGUGUGAUGAGAAGUGCGAUUGUCCGGACCCGAAGAUAUUAAAAGUGAUCAUUUAAGAGUCGGUCGAUCGACCUGUUUCGAGCAGCAAAAACAGUGAGUGAGGAAUGGAGCGAUGCAGCUGCCAGCAUGGUGCUAAACCGAGAUUACGAGGCUCAGAUUGUUUCAGUUUUUAAACUUGCAUACAGAAUGAACCUUGUCGGUGGUCGAGCGGAUCGGGACGGAAAGGAAGACAUCCCUGGCGGUAUCGUUGUUCACCUGUAAUUGUACCUCCAAAACCCAGUAAUUCUUAGCAGGUAAAACUGAGUAUCAAUGUGCAUACACCAAGUGCUACCAUUCUGCACAAAUUGUUGGCAUUUCCACCGACAGAAAUCUUAAAUAACAUUAACAUAUAUUAUAUAUAAAAUACUGUAUAGUGUAUACAUAUUUGACGUAAACCGCAACCAAAAAUAAUAAUAAAAAGAUAUGGGCAACAAAAAUUAGCAUGUAUUUUAAAGACUUCAUUUGGCUAUUUCUAUAGACAAACCAUAAAGAAACAUGAUUGAUGAUAUUAACUAACUAGUUGCUUCAGAUUUUUAGUUAGGACUCAAGUGAACCAUUGUAUACUGGAUGGCAGUCAUUGAAUCAUCCCAAUGCACGAAGUAGAUAGUCUUUUCAAUUCUGCUGCAAGUGUGGGAGCUUUAAGAUGUUCGCUGUCAAACAUGAACUGUGGGUGGGUCAUUUCCAAGCUAGGUUGCUGUCGUAUAUUAAUUUAUUUACAUGUUAUCACUGCAUCAUAUUGUGUAAGGGUAUAUGGUACCAUUUGUAUUGACUCUCAUGGCAUAUAGCGAUCACAGUAGUUGAAGUUAUCUAUCAGUGAGCCGGUUUGAUCUCAAAGUCUUUAUGGAUAAGAUGCAACUGACUGUCAUCAGUAUUUAUAAUAUAUAUAUAUACAUACUGUAGUAUUUAUUAAGACGUGAUGGAUGUCAAAACCCACUGAUUCUCUGGAAACAUUUUAGUCAUAUUUUUGAAGAAAGAAACAAUGUUCUUGAAGAUGACUGUCUUCUGGGUUGUUGCGCCAUGUAGUCUGAUGAUGGAGGCAUCCAGGACCUCUGAAACGUUGGUAAACUUCUACUAGACUACGCGGCUCAACAACCCAGAAGACAACUAUCUUCGGACUCACCGCUGUGAAAACCUCAAAUCCUACGACAAUGUUCUUAUUGAGAGGAAAAUUAUGUUCACAUAACUUCUGAAUCUGGUUUAUCUAUAAGAAUUAGUUAAACUGUUAAUUUUUAAACUCAUUCACUGAAGUUUAGGCAUGUGGCUUUGAGACUGUGGUAAGAGUGUAAGCUGCGAUUAGUUGGAUGGAUAGGUAAGUUAUUUUGUCAGAACUGUGACAAACAAAACAGAAGGAUUUAAAAUUGAUUUUAACUUAAUCUUCAGCUGAACAGUAAUUCAGUGAUCUUCCAAGUGCAUAGAACGUUUCAAGAAGAUUAGUAAUAUCAGGGUCAGAGAUUAUAAUAAAAAGAUGGUAAUCGGUUCAAUUUAUCAUAAAGAUACAUGAUAGAUACUCAGUUGUCAGAAAGUUUCGUUGCUGUUUUGAAUAUGUUCAUUGGUUUUACAAAGAACGUUAAAGAUUUUGAAUGGUUUUGUUUAAAAACCAUAAUAACCAUUGUAUCAAUGUAGUAAUUUUUGUAUUGAAAGAGUUGCUGCUACAGUGUAAAAUGGUAUUGUAUACCCUUCUAUUGAUGUAGUCACUGUGAUUACACUAUAUGUAUAUGGUACUUUGAAAUCAAAAAUAUUGCAGUGAUUUAUUUUAACUUUAUCAGCAUUGAUGCUAUUUACGUCAGUUUUAUGUAGUUUCUUCCUCAUUUUGUGCUUAACAAAUUAUCAGCUGUGUAGCACCAAAUCUAUUUCUGGUGAAGAAAUUAGUCAACUUUGGGGUAAGUGUUGGGAACAGGAAGACUAAUCGUAUUUACAGAGUAAGUUACACUGAAAGGAACUAAUGGGUGAUUUGGUUGUACAGAUUUCAGAUGGAUUUGUAAGCCAGGCUUACUAUAACUUUCCAGUGGUACACCAUAGCUUACUUUAUUUGUUUUAUUUUGUCUGUUAACUGAAAAUUAUUUAGGCACAAACUUGCAGCUAUAGAACAGUUUGGUUUUACAAGUAACAACUAUCAACUAUCACACUGCUGUGUACACCGUAACCUGGACGCGAAUUUCAUUCAGCUGGUGUCUUGUGUCAACUAAUAUUUCACUUGUCUAAUCACAAGGUUUAGCCCUAACUGCCUUAUUAAGUAAAAGAGUGAUGCCCAAGGUCGGUUGCAGAUCGUGCAGUUAUGGUAUCCUUCCACAACUGACAUUUUAUUGUUCCCAGUGGUGUGUGUGGGGGCAAAAGCUCAACAUGUAAAAAGUAUUAUACCAUACUUGUAUACAUAAUGUCAAAUAAGAAUGGAAAAUGGUAUGCACUGUGAGUAUCUGAUAAGUGAUAACAUAAAAAAAUAAGCCGUUGAGAAUGAUUAUUGUUUGUGAAACACGGAAGGAUUAAGUUUGUUUACAUGUCUUUACCCCCCUCCCCCCUCAGUCAGAUUUUUCCUCAAUGAUGAACAUCCAACAUUUACUUGGAGUUAAAACUCAAGUGUGUUAAUUAUAUUAUAAUGAAUGAACCAUACUACCAGUGAACUUCCCUGCAACAUUGCAAAUUUAAUCCUGCCUUGCCUUUCUAUCCUCGAAGAUCGUGCAGUGUUGUUUUGCGUGUAAAUAAUGUGCGUUGAUUAAAGAACUUUAAUUUUUCCCCUUACACCAUAACAAAAAACAAAGUUAAAAAUGGAGUAUGUCUUUUAUAGGAAUCUGAAGUACCAAGAAAAAUAAUAUGUAUAGCUGCAUUCAAACCAAAUUUUAAACAAUAAAGAGCUACAAUUUGUGCUGGAA